AUGCUUAUAUAUUUAGGGAUCGCAAUAUCAAGCACACCGAUUGCCGUGGACGACGCCACGGCAGACGUGGCCAUCUUCUUGAUGCUCGGCGCAUUGCGACAGAUCACAAUACCCCUGACGGCCAUUCGAGACGGUAAGUGGAGAGGAGAAUCGCCACUUGGUCAUGAUCCAAAAGGAAAGACGCUUGGUAUCCUGGGGAUGGGUGGGAUUGGCAGGGCAAUGGCGAAGCGAGCUCGUGCCUUUGGUAUGAGUAUCGCAUACCACAACCGUUCACGUUUGCCCCCUGAUCUGGAGAACGACGCUACCUACCUUUCGUUUGAAGACCUUCUCGUACAAUCUGACGUGCUAAGCCUCAAUUUGUCCUUGAAUGCAAAGACACGCCACAUAAUCUCAGCCUCGGAAAUCAAGAAAAUGAAAGACGGCGUUGUGAUUGUCAAUACUGCAAGAGGAGCUUUGAUAAACGAAAAAGACCUUGUUGAUGCGAUCGAGUCCGGAAAAGUCGCGUCAGCUGGAUUAGAUGUUUUCGAAAAUGAGCCAGCGGUGGAGGACGGGUUGCUGAAGAACCCGAAGGUUGUCCUGCUGCCUCACAUCGGCACCAACACCUACGAGACGCAGCGAGAUAUGGAGCUUUUAGUGCUGAUGAAUUUGGAGAGUGGGGUCCGCUACGCUGCUCAGCAGAUCGAGAACGGUAAAUCGGCUCGAAGUCGAGGCUCUUACCUGCGCGUCAGUUUCAAAAACACCCGGGAGACCGCGCAAGCAAUCAAUGGCUGGAAGUUGGAACGUGCUGUGAAAUACCUCGAAAAUGUUCAGGAGUUGAGGGAAGCCGUGCCAAUGAGACGAUAUGCUGGUGGAACCGGGCGAAGUGCACAGGGAAAACAAUUCGGUGUCUCUCGCGCACGUCAUCCAGUCAAAUCUGCCGAAUUCCUUCUGUCGCUCCUCAAGAACGCUGAAGCAAAUGCCGACACCAAGGGCCUCGAUACUAGCAAUCUGAUCGUCAAGCACAUUCAAGUCAACCAAGCCCCAAAGCAACGACGACGAACUUACAGAGCUCAUGGUAGAAUCAACCCCUACAUGAGCAACCCAUGCCACAUUGAAAUGAUCUUGACCGAGGGAGAGGAAACCGUGAAGAAAGGUGCUGAGGAUGCGCUCACAAAGAAGGAAGGACGAUUAAAUGCAAGACAAAAAGGGCAGAGAGUUCGAAGAGCCAUCACUAGUUCAUAA